AGAUAAACUAGAUGCUAUUGGUCUAAGGCUUUCAGCGUCGGUUUCCUUUUUCCUCCCCAGAUUAGUCUGUGAAGUACAGCCCAGAUCUUAUCCUCUGCUAUCACUUCUCCUCUGCUAUAUAAAGAGUACAACCCAUAUCUCAUAGCACCAAGUCAUACAGCUAACCAUGAGUAUAACUCAAAAGCUUUCUCUCCUCGUUCAUUUUCUUUUUGUGCUGUCUUUGCUUCCAUUACAGAUUACCUCAUCACCAAGAACACAAGCAGAAGCUCUCAUCCAAUGGAGAAAUAGCUUAUCUUCCUUGCCUCCUUCUCUGAAUUCCUGGUCCUUCACCAACCUUAACAACCUUUGCAACUGGACUGCCAUUUCCUGCGACACCACUGGAACAGUCUCCAAAUUAAACCUCUCCAACCUUAACAUAAAUGGAACACUCACCCAAUUCAACUUCUCUUCAUUUGUAAACAUUUCCAGCGUUGACCUCCAGAAUAACAAUAUAGGGGGAACGAUACCAGCAGCUAUUGGUAGCCUCUCCAAGCUCACUUACUUGGACUUGAGUGUCAACUAUUUAGCUGGCAACAUUCCUGUUGAGAUGGGGCGAUUGACAGAGCUUCAAUAUCUUAGCCUUUAUGACAACAAUCUCAAUGGUACAAUUCCUUAUCAGCUCAGCAAUCUUCAAAAGGUAUGGUACUUGGAUCUUGGAGCAAAUUACUUGGAAGACCCUGACUGGUCAAAAUUUUCAACUAUGCCUUCUUUGAUGCAUCUUAGUUUUUUUCUCAAUGAACUUACUUUAGGCUUCCCUGAUUUCAUAUCCAAUUGCCAGAACUUGACCUUUCUAGAUUUGUCAUGGAAUCAGUUGACUGGCAUGAUACCAGAAUGGGCUUACACCAAUCUGGGAAAGAUUGAGUAUUUCAAUCUCACUGACAAUUUAUUCCAAGGACCAUUAUUAUCAAACAUUUCCAAGCUUUCCAAUCUCAAACAUCUUCGUCUACAAAAUAACAAGUUUAUUGGUCAGAUUCCUGAAAGUAUUGGUUUGUUGUCUGGUCUUGAAACUCUUGAGUUGUAUAACAAUUCGUUCCUGGGGAAUAUUCCAUCUUCUUUAGGCCAACUUAGGCAUUUGGAACUACUUGAUCUCCGAAUGAAUGCCUUGAAUUCAACAAUUCCGUCCGACCUUGGCCUUUGUACUAACCUCACUUACGUGGCCUUGGCCUUGAAUCAACUAAGUGGGAACUUGCCCUUGUCCUUGUCCAAUCUGAGCAAAAUGGUCCAUCUGGGUUUGUCUGAUAAUUUUUUAACAGGUGAGAUCUCACCUUAUCUUUUUGCCAAUUGGACUGAAUUGCACUCCUUGCAACUUCAAAAUAAUUUGUUAUCUGGACAUAUUCCCUCAGAAAUAGGACAACUGACAAAACUCAAUCUUCUUUUUCUGUACAAUAAUACAUUCUCUGGUUUGAUUCCUCCUGAAAUUGGAAACUUGAAAGAUUUGCAAAGUCUAGACCUUUCAGGAAACCAGCUUUCAGGACCCAUUCCUCCAAAAUUUUGGAAUCUCAAAAAUCUUCAAAUCAUGAAUCUUUUCUCCAACAACAUCAGUGGAAUAAUUCCGCCUGAAGUCGGAAAUAUGACUUCCCUAAUAAACCUAGAUCUCAGCAAUAACCAGCUGCAAGGAGAGCUGCCAGAGACCAUUUCACGCCUUAGUUCUCUGGAGUCCAUCAAUUUGUUCACCAAUAAUUUCUCGGGUAGCAUCCCAAGUGAUCUAGGCAAGUAUUGUACUUUAAAAUAUGCUAGCUUUUCGAACAACAGCUUCUCUGGAGAAUUGCCACCUGAACUCUGUAGUGGUUUGGCUCUUGAACAACUUACGGUUAAUGGCAACAAUUUUUCCGGGUCAUUGCCCACCUGCCUGAGGAAUUGCUCAGGAUUAACUAGAGUCCGGCUUGAUGGGAACCAAUUCAAUGGAUCCAUCACCAAUGCAUUUGGAGUUCAUCCAGAACUUGUUUUCAUUUCUAUUAGUGGAAAUCAGUUUGUUGGUGAAAUCUCACCUUCUUGGGGAGAGUGUGAAAACCUCACCAAUUUACAGAUGGAUAGGAAUAGAAUUUCUGGUGAAAUCCCAGCUGAGCUUGGAAAGUUGACCCAGUUGGGUGUUCUAACGCUGGACUCAAAUGAUUUGAGUGGGAUGAUUCCCAUUGAACUGGGAAAGCUGAGCAUGUUAUUCAGGCUCAACCUGAGCAACAAUCAUUUAACAGGAGUGGUCCCUCUGAGUUUGGGCAAUUUGACAAAGCUCGAAUCUCUUGAUUUAUCUGAUAACAAGCUGUCUGGGGACAUACCACAUGAGCUUGGGAAUUGUGAGAAGUUAUCAACUCUGGAUUUGAGCCACAACAACCUAUCAGGAGAUAUGCCUUUUGAACUGGGUAACAUAAACUCUCUGCAGUACUUGUUGGAUCUCAGCAGCAAUUCACUCUCAGGAAAAAUACCUGAUAAUCUGGGAAAGCUUACAUUAUUGGAAAAUUUCAAUGUAUCACACAAUAAUCUUUCAGGAAGAAUUCCCACAGCAUUGUCUGGCAUGAUUAGUCUGUAUUCUUUUGAUUUCUCCUACAAUGAGUUGACAGGACCUAUCCCAACCGGUGGCAUGUUCCAAAAUGCAUCUGCAGAAGCUUUUGUUGAAAACUCAGACUUGUGUGGAAAUGUAGAAGGACUAUCUCCAUGUAAUCCAGUGGCAUCAAGUAGCAAACCCUCAAAGCAUAACAAAAAGGUUCUUAUUGGCAUCAUUGUUCCAGUUUGUGCCUUAUUAGUGAUAUCAGUAAUUAUUGUUGCAAGUCUAAUAUAUCGUCGCAAGACUGAACUCCGUGAUGAAGAGAUCAGAGGUAUAAAUAAAUAUGAGAGUUAUGAGUCUAUGAUAUGGGAAAGAGAAGGAAAAUUCACAUUUGGCGAUAUUGUUAAGGCCACUGAUAACUUCAAUGAGAAGUACUGCAUUGGAAAAGGAGGAUUUGGAAGUGUUUACAGGGCUGUAUUGGCAACAGGUCAAGUUGUUGCAGUCAAGAAACUAAAUAUAUCAGAUUCCAGUGAUAUUCCAGCAAUAAAUCGCCAGAGUUUUGAGAAUGAGAUUCGGAUGUUGACUGAAGUGAGGCAUCGAAACAUCAUCAAGCUUUAUGGUUAUUGUUCUAGGGGCAGCUGCUUGUACUUGGUUUAUGAGUAUGUUGAGAGAGGAAGUUUAGGAAAGGUAUUGUAUGGGGUGGAAGGGGAAAUGGAGCUUGAUUGGGCUACAAGGGUGAAGAUUGUGCAAGGAGUGGCUCAUGCAAUUGCCUACUUGCACCAUGAUUGCUCUCCACCAAUUGUUCAUCGGGACAUAUCUUUGAAUAAUAUUUUGCUCGAGUCAGAUUUUGAGCCACGGCUUUCAGAUUUUGGCACAGCAAGACUGUUGAAUAAAGAUUCAUCCAACUGGACUGCAGUUGCUGGUUCCUAUGGCUAUAUGGCACCAGAGCUGGCGCUCACAAUGCGGGUCAAUGAUAAAUGUGAUGUUUAUAGCUUUGGAGUGGUUGCACUAGAAGUUUUGAUGGGAAGGCACCCAGGAGAGCUUUUAUCUUCAUUAUCAUCACUAAAAACAUCAAUGCAAACUUAUCCAGAUUUGUCUGUAAAGGAUGUGCUAGACCAGCGGCUUCCAUCUCCUACAGGCCACUUAGCAGAGGAGGUUGUUUUUGUAGUUGGGGUUGCCUUAGCAUGCACUCGAACAACUCCAGAGGAACGGCCUGUCAUGCAUUUCGUGGCACAAGAACUAGCAACACGAACUCAAGCAUACUUGUCUGAGCCGUUAGAGAAGAUAACUCUUAGCAAGUUAACAGCCUUUCAAAGAUAGAACAUAAAAGGAAGUUUUUUUUUUUUUUUUAAUAGGUUUGUCCAGGAUCCUGCCUACCAUUUACUGGAUCAUAAUUAGGGAACUAAGUCUACCCCGAAAUGAUGCUCUACAGUAAUGAGGUGCACAUCCCCUUCAUGUGUAACUAGUUACUAGAAUGAGGAUAUAUUUGAUAUCAUGUACUAAUACUGAAGUUAAACUUCAACUUCAACCACUAGAUUUUGAAAUAUUCAAAAUAUGCUGCAUUAACAUUCUUUA